AUGGUUAAACGAAGCAAAUUACUUCAGACUCUCGAUGCCCACCGGGGCCGAGACUACAAUGCCGAGAAACAGAAGAAGAUGAUCAAGGCCGCCAAAAAGCGCAAGUCUACCGUUCAGAACGACGCCGGCGCAGAAGUCACCAAGAAGCUCGAAGAGAAGAAGCAAGUUGCCGAGUCCGAGUCCGAGGACGAGGACGAGGAGGAGAACGACGAACAGGUCGAAGGCGAGACCGACGAGGAUGAGGAAGUUGACGUCGAAGCGGAGGAUAAUGAAGACGAGGACAACGAAGAGGAAGACGACGACGAAGAGGAAGAAGAGGAGGAUAUUCCUCUAUCAGAUCUUGAGGAGGAUGAACGCGAAGAUGUCGUUCCUCAUCAACGUCUUACUAUCAACAACUCCGCUGCGAUCAAGACUUCUCUCAAGCGCAUUUCUUUUAUCAACCAGAACACUCCAUUCUCCGAGCACAAUUCCUUAGUGUCCAAGGAGCCAAUUGAGGUGGAAGACGCCAAUGACGAUCUCAACCGUGAGCUCGCAUUCUACAAGGUGUGCCAGGCUGCCGCCAUCGAGGCUCGCGGUUUGUUGAAAAAGGAGGGCGUUGCCUUCACUCGUCCCGGCGAUUACUUUGCCGAGAUGGUGAAGAACGAUGAGCACAUGGACAAAAUUAAGAAGAAGCUUUACGAGGAAGCCGCUGGCAAGAAGGCUGCUGCCGAGGCUCGUCGUCAACGUGAUCUUAAGAAGUUCGGCAAGCAGGUGCAGGUCGCCAAAUUGCAGCAGCGCGCAAAGGAGAAGCGUGAUACUUUGGAGAAGAUCAAUACCCUGAAGAAGAAGCGCAAGGCCGACACAUCUGCCCCCACUGAUGAUGCCAAUGACCUUUUCGAUGUCGCAAUUGAGGAGACCGGCAAGCCUGAGAAGCGCAACCGCGAGGGCGGUCCCAAUGCCAAACGUCAGAGACGGGAUCAAAAGUUCGGCUUCGGUGGUAAGAAGCGCUUCUCAAAGAGUGGCGAUGCUGCCUCCACUGGCGACAUGCGCGGAUUUUCCCAAAAGAAGAUGAAGGCCGGCGCUUCCAAGCGGCCUGGCAAGAGCAAGCGCGCUGCCGCUAAGGGUCGGUCAUAG